AUGUCAGCAGUGGUCACCCGCAAGCGUGGUCGUUCGCAGUCAGCAGAGAAGCAGCAACAGCAGCAAGAACGCCGGGAUACAGCUCACCCGUCAAAACGCGACAACGUACACGAAGAUGAGAAGUCCGCCAUUCGACACCUAGUGACGUCCAUUCUACAGGACUGGCAGGGCGCGCAGCGACUUCUCAAGGAAGACAUUAUACGUACUGUUCUACGCCGUGUACGCCCGGUACUUAUGUCACAGCCUAUGUUGGUAAGAUUGGAGGCCCCUGUAAAUGUAUGCGGUGACAUUCAUGGUCAGAUUAAUGAUCUCGUAGAGAUUUUCCGCGCUGGUGGUAUGCCGCCUGCAUCACGGUACUUGUUUCUUGGAGACUAUGUGGAUCGGGGUAAGUAUGGCACCGAGGUGAUUAUUGUGCUUCUUGGACUGAAAGUGCUGUACCCUGACAAAAUGUACAUUCUGCGCGGUAACCAUGAGUCUGACAGUAUUUGUAGAAUUUAUGGCUUCUUCGAUGAGGUUAAAAGACGUUUCUCAGUGAAGCUGUUUAAGGAGUUCACAGAUGUUUUUAACUGUCUCCCCAUUGCCGCCCUUAUUGAGGAGAUCGCUCUCUGUAUGCAUGGUGGUCUGAGUCCAGAGCUGCAGCACCUGGAGCAGAUCAACCAAAUCAGGCGUCCGCUGGUGGUGCCGGAUAUGGGAUUGGCGUGUGAUAUUCUCUGGUCUGACCCGGAGGAGAACAGCAGCGGUUGGCUGCAAAGCGAACGUGGUGUGAGUUACACAUUCGGCGAAGAUGUUGUGCGGCGCAUGUGCGAGAAGCUGAACAUCGACAUUGUGCUGCGUGCCCAUCAGGUGGUUGAUAACGGUUACGCCUUCUUUGCAGAUAGGCGGCUCGUGACAAUCUUUAGCGCCUCAAAUUACUGUGGAGAGUUCACGAACAGCGGGGCUAUGAUGGUAAUGGACGAGACGUGCAAAUGUAGUUUUCAGAUAUUUAAACCACAGUACUAA